CAGUUUAUUGUAAUGGUGCGUGCUAGGCUACACAUCUGCUAAGCAGACAGAUGCUUGGGUGUUGCAUUGAGCUGUGCGGCCAGUGAACUGGUGGAGUUGUGGACAAGCGCUCUGAAAAAGCCUGUCAGUCAGAGUGGGGGGGUACAGUGAGCUCACUGCUUAGGUUAUUUUCACACCCCCAGGUGGAGCAGUUGUGCUGCAGAGAGGAGACUGGGAGACUGUCGGUGAGAGGGAAAAAAAAAAAACCGUGACAGGAGAACACAUCCCCCCCCCCUCCUUGAAUUGCAGGAGCUCCGGUUCUCCUUUCCCCUCUCCCUUCUCGAUACACGCUAAUUAUAAGACACUGAACAAAAACCAAACAAGUCUUUCACGCUGGAAUAGCAGGGAAUAUUCGCCAUUAAACCGGAGGGGAAAGGCGAGGGCCAACAGCGCCACAGUCGGCAGGCAGUCUUCCGGGGAAUAGCGGGCGGAUUCGGGGGACUCCAUCCGCAAUCAGGAGCCGCGGCUGCAGGCUGGGGAAGGAGAGAUGUCUCGGAAGUUGCAGAGGAGCGAGGUUUGCGCAGACUGUAGCGCUGCAGACCCCGGCUGGGCCUCUAUUAACCGAGGUGUGCUGAUCUGUGAUGAGUGCUGCUCCGUGCAUCGCAGCCUGGGGAGGCACAUCUCCAUCGUCAAGCACCUCCGGCACAGCGGCUGGCCUGCGUCCCUGCUACAGAUGGUGCAGACCCUGGCCAGUAACGGAGCGAACUCAAUCUGGGAGCACUCCCUCCUGGACCCCGCGCAGGUGCAGAGCGGCCGCAGGAAACCCAACCCCCAGGACAAGGUCCACCCCACCAAGUCUGAGUUUAUCCGUGCCAAGUACCAGAUGUUGGCCUUCGUUCACAAGCUGCCCUGCCGAGACGAUGACGGAGUCACAACCAAGGAUCUGAGCAAGCAACUGCACUCCAGCGUCCGCACUGGAAACCUGGAGACCUGCCUGAGACUGCUGUCCCUCGGCGCCCAGGCGAACUUCUUCCACCCGGAGAAGGGCACCACUCCCCUGCAUGUUGCUGCGAAGGCCGGUCAGGUGCUGCAGGCUGAGCUGCUGGUGGUGUACGGGGCGGACCCCGGGGCCCCUGACAUCAAUGGCCGGACCCCCAUGGACUACGCCAGGCAAGCGGGCCACGUGGAGCUGGUGGAGCGGCUGGUGGAGUGUCAGUACGAGCUGACGGACAGGCUGGCUUUCUACCUGUGCGGGCGGAGGCCAGAUCAUAAAAAUGGGCAUUACAUUAUCCCUCAGAUGGCAGACAGAGCUCAGCCUAAGUGCUCGACACAGAGCCUAGAUCUCUCAGAGCUGGCCAAGGCAGCUAAGAAGAAACUGCAAGCGCUCAGUAACCGUCUCUUCGAGGAGCUCGCCAUGGACGUGUAUGACGAGGUGGACCGACGGGAGAACGACGCCGUCUGGCUGACCACUCAGAACCACAGCACUCUGGUGACGGAGCGCAGUGCUGUCCCCUUCCUGCCUGUCAAUCCAGAGUACUCUGCCACCAGGAACCAGGGGCGUCAGAAACUCGCCCGAUUCAAUGCCCGCGAGUUCGCCACGCUGAUCAUCGAUAUCCUGAGUGACGCCAAGCGGAGACAACAUGGCAAGGGCCUGACCAGCCCCACAGAUAACCUUGACUACAGCCUGCGUAACCAUGGCGAUGCGGACGACCAGCACGAUUACGACAGCGUAGCGUCGGACGAGGAUACGGACCAGGAGCUGCUGAGGAGCAGCAACUCGGGGAGGAACAACCGGGCCAAGAGCAUGGACUCCUCGGACCUGUCUGACGGGCCCAUCACUCUGCAGGAGUACCUGGAGGUGAAGAAGGCCCUCGUUUCCUCCGAGAGCAAAGUGCAGCAGCUGAUGAAGGUGAACAACAACCUGAGUGAGGAGCUGCGCCGGCUGCAGAGAGAGAUCCACAAGCUGCAGACAGAGAACACCACCAUCAGAGGUCAGACAGGGGCCGGGCCGUCGCAGGGGUCCGGGGUCGCAGGCGAGCGUUUGGAUCAGGGGGUGGCGCUGGCACCCCCCCGCAGGGACAGGCAGGCCUUCUCCAUGUACGAGCCAGGCGCCCCCCCCAAACCCUUCGGCCACCAGGGCAUGGACGAGCUGGUCAGCCGACUGCAGCCGCUACACUCCAACAUCCGGAAGGGUGUCUCCAGUGGCCCCUCCCCCUACAGCGCCCUGCACCUCUCAGGGACACCAGAAGGUGGCAGCAGAUACAUGGCGCCCAAAGGGGACAAACAUGGCAGCGGCACGGACAGCGAUUACGACAACACUCAGACACAGGAGCCCUCGCUCAGUGUGUCUGAGGGCCGGGUUGCCCGCGGGGGGACGGAGGAUGACCCCCGCUCGGAGGUGGACGAGGGGGACAGUGACCCCGACCCCACCCUGCCCUGCACCGAGGACGUCAUCCUCAAGACAGAGCAGGUGACCAAGAACAUCCAGGAGCUGCUGAGAGCCGCCCAGGAGUUCAAACACGACAGCUUCGUGCCCUGCUCUGAGAAGAUCCACACUGCCGUCACUGAGAUGGCAUCACUCUUCCCCAAGAGGCCUGUGCUGGACGCGGUGCGGAGCUCCCUGCGGUUGCUGAGUGCCAGCGCGUUCCGCCUGCAGAGCGAGUGCAGGAAGACGGUCCCCCCCGAGCCGGGGGCCCCCGUGGACUUCCAGCUCCUCACCCAGCAGGUCAUCCAGUGUGCCUACGACAUCGCCAAGGCAGCCAAGCAGCUGGUGACCAUCACCACCCGCGAGAAGAAGCAGUGAGAGGGGGGAGCAGGGCGCAGGGCAGGGGAGAGGACCGUCACCACCCUGAAACUGAAACACUGCAAGGAUACCGAGUGAUCCCUCCUGCGCACCCCUGCAAACUAAACUGCUGACAGCGUCGAGAGGGCCUGGAAACCUGGGAGCUUCGUCGACGUGGAGACCUUGCCAAGCAAGUCUCUGAACCCUGAACUAUGAUUUGAUUGAAGACUGACUAACACUGGAAUUUAAUUUUUAAUUAUUGUUGGUUCUUUUUACAUGUGUUAUAUAAAUAUAUAUAUAUAAUAAUUUUUUUUUGUUUUUGGUUAAACAGGCCUUAAUUCUGCUAUUUUGUUUUGGUGAGAGUUUAACGACAGUGGCUCAUUAAGGACACAUGGGUAAACAAAAACAAAAAAAAAGUUCUAUUUAAGAGGUCAUUUCAAAAAAUUCCAGUCUCCACAUUUCCAAUUUGUUGUGUUGAGAUCCUCAGAUUGUUUGUUUAUUGCUUGAUAACAACACUUUGACUUUGUCCCUGGUGAGCUGCCGUAGUUUAGCGUACACACUCUCUUGACUCUGCUUGUGGCCUCCCGAAUGUAACUCGUGGGAAAGAAGGGAGACCUAGGCGGGUCACAAGCUGGUUCGCUAGCCAUGGAACACACACCCCGCAGUCCAAGAGAUCCCAAACCACUCCCCCUGGGGCUGGAGCUGCCUGGAUACAACCCCAGCUUACAUUUCACUUUUAUACCCCCCUCAGUUUUUGCCCUUACAGACCCAGCAGGUCUGGCACGCUGUACAACUGAAGCAUCCGCCCCUGUGAAGUGACCUGCAUUAGUACGUGGUGUCUCUGAGUAAGUUCCCAGCUCCUUCCACAGCGACACCGCUCUGCACAGGGGACUCUGGAGCGGCUUCGGAGCAGUGCUUGUCCUCUCUGUGACCGGUGACACACUGAGUGCACAGACCGCAGUGGCACCUAAGAGGCUGUUGACAAUGAGGAUUUCUAGUUGUAAUGCAAGACAACGGAGACCGUUUAAGAUCCACUUCUCGGGGUGAACAGCAGGUAUCUGCGAUGUGCUUGCGGUAAUUUGCAACUACAUCGUGACAGGCAUACGACAGACUGACCCCUCUCCCCUUGGCACUUACCAACACCCUGGGCGCUGAACCUGCCUCAUUGAAACUGCAAUACACAGCCUGAUGCAGGAGACCUGUGAAAGGACUUUUAAAAACAGGUAAGACGUGCAACGAAGUGUACUGUAGACGCCAUCUCCAGCACUGACACCACCCUCCCCCCUAACUUCAACACCACCUUUCCAGCAAACAACAACUACUGCUGCCACGUUUUCAUGCCUGCCUCAUGCAUACUGAUGCUCACUCUGUCAGCUAGCCGUAACUGGGGGAAGAGGGGGGGCCACCCGAGUUCCAGUUCCUGAACCUGGUUUUGAUUUUGUUUUGCUCCUGAUGGAUAAAUGACUUUCAGAUCAUCUCAGGUGCCAGGAAACACAGCUUUGCCUAACCUGCACCGUCUUCACUGGUAUGGGGUGAGAGCACGCGCUGACAUGAAAGUCCCCCUGCCUCCCUUUGUGCGCGCACACACACACACACACACACACACACAAGCACGUGCACGCCCGCUGCUGUUUUGAGAUAAGUACUGCAUUGUAACAUGCCCUGUAUCCCAUGUGCACUUGCACAGCUAAUCUGUGGGAAGACUGGUGGUGGGGAUUUAAAAUUUAAAAAAACUUAAAAGUGUAAAAAAAAUAAAUAAAAACUCAAUUGUACAUUUGUAAUAAAAUGAAUAACAUGC